AUGCCGCAAUCGUCGAUCCCUCCCACUGACGGCUCGUUGCUCACACUCAUCAAUUUCUUGGAUUUCAAUGUCAAGUACAACGCAGAACAGCCCUUUUACAUCUUCCCCUCGCUGAGCGACCCAACUAAACUGACGUCCCUGUCAUAUUUGGAAGUCGCGUGGGCAAGCCACAGGAUCGCCCACAUCCUGAGACCAAACAGGCGGGGAAAUGAUGGCGAUGUCGUCGGCGUACUCCUGCAUACGGAUACAAUCCUGUACGCCGCAGUUGUCCUUGGCGUACUCCGAGCAGGACUUGUGCCAUAUGUCAUCUCCCCCCGUAACUCUGCACAGGCCAUUUGUCAACUACUCGAUGCGACUUCCAGCAAAUGCGUUAUCUCUCAAGCAUCGCUGGUCACGCUCGUGUCCCACAUUCGUGCAGACAGAGACGCAAAGGAUCUGCCUCUUGAUGUGCGAGAAAUGCCGGCUCUCUCCGUCCUUUUCCCAGCACUUAGCGACUCCGUUGAAGAUGGUCUCACGCCCUUCCAGUCUGACACCCCCGCCGACAUCCACGGUACUGCGAUGUUUCUUCACUCUUCCGGGUCCACUGGUUUCCCCAAAACAAUACUUUUCACCCACUACCAACUUCUCAAGUGGUCCAGGCUUAAUGUCACGCUCGGCUCCAGCUUACGCAGGAUACGCAACGGGUCGAUGGGGCUCCCUACGUUCCAUGCAGUAGGCAUGUUCCAGCAUGUUUGUAACCCGUUGAUGAGUGGAUCGGGUACGGUGGUCUACGCACCCCAGUACCCUGCCGCUCCUACCGCUCCUCAUCCCCAAAGCAUGUACGAGCUGGCGAAACUGAGCGGAUGCACUGCCAUGUCGCUCGUGCCGUCUGUUUUAGAGGCGUGGUCGAAGUCCGAAGAAAAAGUGCAGUUCAUGAGCACACUGCGUCUUGUGACGUUCGCCGGCGGUCCUUUGUCUCAAGCUGUGGGUGACAGGCUAGAGGCAGCGGGCGUCCCUCUGCGAUCCCUGUACGGAGGCACAGAGUUCGCAUCCCCUAUGAAGAUAUGGUCUGAGCCUAUCACUCCGGAUUGGCUCCCGCCGAUUACGCCAAAUGGCGACUGGGCCUGGCUAGAAUGGUCUAGUCGAACGAAGACGAGGAUGGAACCUCAGGGAGAUGGGACGUACGAGCUAGUUAUCACAGGUCAUGACGAUUACCCGAUAGCUGCAUAUAAUAUACCAGGAGAGAAAGCGUAUGCGACGUCAGAUUUAUUUGAGCGGCAUCCCAGCAAGGAGGGGCUUUGGAGAAUGGUCGGACGAAAGGACGACGUCAUUAUCUUGAGCACCGGCGAGAAGAUCGUCCCGAUACCCCAAGAAGGCCACAUCGGCACCUGUCCGAUGGUAAUGGGAUGUCUCAUGUUCGGUCGGGAGAGGGAGCAAGCUGGACUUCUCGUCGAGCUUGCAGAAAGGCAUGCCUUUGACCCGAACGAUGAGGCCGCUUUGGUACAGUUCCGGAAUGAGCUCUGGCCAGUCGUUGAGGAAGCCAACGCUACUGCUCCUGCGUUUGCGAAGAUCUUCAAGGAGAUGAUCAUCGUCACAGACUCAUCCAGACCGCUUCCCAGGGCGGGCAAGGGUACUAUCCAACGCAAAGCGGCAAUUUCCCUGUAUGCAGAUGAGAUUGAAAAGCUAUAUAAGACCGUUGCCGAAAGCACGAACGUAGACGAUAUAGCUCUUCCCGAGUCUUGGAGCGAAGACGAGCUGGUUCAUUGGCUCAGCGCCCAGGCGGCUUCAGUCAACAAUGACCGAGUGCCUUCGCCAGAUCUGGACUUGUUCCAACAAGGCUUCGACAGCUUGAGUGCAACAUUCUUCCGCAACCACAUCAUCGGCGUUCUGCGUGCCUUCAACGAACCACAUCUAAUGCGAGCUGCGCAGAGCAUCUCCCCAAAUCUUAUAUUCGAAUAUCCAACAAUCCUCGACCUCGCUUCGUUCCUGAGCAGACUUACAGACCCGGUCUCCGACGAGCAUCCACAGGCCACUACUUCUGGCAUCAAUGUGGCCAACAUCGAGGCUCUAGUACACAAAUACACGUCGGACCUUCCGAAAGCAAAGGCCAGUGCAUCCUCGGCUCCGCGCAGAGUAGCUGCUGUCCUUCUGACAGGCUCAACUGGGAACAUUGGCUCACAUAUACUCGCCUCCCUCCUGGCCGACGACCGGAUUGCUCGUGUUUACACCUUGAACCGGCCCUCAACCAGCCCCCCUAUCGAGCGUCUCAAGACAGCGUUCAGCGAGCGGGCGCUGCCUGUGGAUAUUCUUGAUAACCUGAAGCUUUCGGCUUUUGUUGGCGACAUAAAUCAAACCAAGUUUGGCUUGGAGCCGGCUGCAUAUGAGGAGGUGCUGUCCUUCGUUACCCAUAUCAUUCACAACGCCUGGACGGUCAACUUCAACCUUCCUCUGCAGUCGUACGAGGACCAGAUUGCUGGUGUUCGGCGACUCGUAGAUGUCUGUGGGGACGCAGAUUACCCCAUCAAGCUCCUGUGCACGUCAUCCGUAGGUGCAGCAAGCCUCUGGGACGCAGACCAGGGUCCUGUGCCUGAGCGACCCCUUCCGGAUCCGGCGGUAGCCACUAGCAAUGGCUAUAGUGCAUCGAAGUAUAUUGUAGAGCAAAUUUUGGAUAAGGCUGCUGCAAAUGGGCUGUGUGUGAUGGCUGUCAGAAUGGGGCAAGCAUGCGGGUCCAAGGCAACUGGAGCUUGGGGCACGACGGAGUGGAUGCCCAUUAUGGUCAAGUCCAGUCUCUCGCUUGGCUGCUUCCCGGAGAUGUCUGGUCUCCUCAACUGGGUGCCCCUCGACGCCAUCGGCAGCGCAUACAUCGGCUGGGUCAUUUUUGACAACAACUUGCCCCUUCUGGUGAACGUGGUUCAUCCACGUCCGACGUCGUGGGACGUCGUCCUCCGUGGUAUCAGGACAGAAGUCGGAGGCGAUAUGCCUGUCGUCCCACUGGAUGUCUGGGUCGCGAAACUUGACGUGCAGUCAUCGACAGCGACAGCGGAGGACUUGGCCAGGCUGCCUGCUCUCAAGCUGAUAGGGUUCUUCCGGGGCCUGGUGGCCGCCCGCUUGGGCAGCGGGGAUCGUGCAGACAGCCUGCCAUUCGCGACAGAUGAGCUUCAGCGUUCCAGUCCAACGAUGUGCGAGUUGCAGCCACUUUCUGAGGAACACGCACGGAUGUGGGUACGGUACUGGAAGUCAAGGCGUUACCUAUAGAGCAUACUGUAGUCGUUGAAAGCCUGGGAAUAAUUUGCGCGCUCUGGAAUUGGCGCCAUGUU